UCCACACCAGUGAAGACUGUUGACGCUACCCGAGCUCUCUACGACGGAUCCACCGGGCAAUCCUAGUGCCUUCAAUGAUCCCCAAAUAUCAGGUAUCAGGUAUCAGAUUUUGGGAGUUAGGUACCUAUAAGAUCCCAAGAGCGAAGAGUUACACAUCUAGCAGCUCCAAGGCAACAGCACAGACUUCAUAUUAUUCUGGAAAUUCAGGAAUUUUGCAGUUCAGAAGAUUGAGAUCCUGCAGCUCAAGACUGAGACACCAUCCCAAACUGAAACCUGUGUCUACCUUGUCCAGGUUGAGGUGGUGACUGUUGUCUGUCCCGUCCCCCUGCCCAUCCUGAGCACCCCAGCUAUGCACCUCCUGGCCUUGCCUCAGGAGGACGUCCUCUUCCCCCAUGUCCUCAGCUGUCUGUCCGUGCAGAGUCUGUUCCUGCUGCGUGGGACGUGCCGCGACCUCAGGGACGCCGUGGACCGCUACCUGGGCCGGCUGAGGGUCCUCGACCUGGCCGGCAACAACUGCAUCACUCGGGAGGCCAUCCAGGUGCUGUCGGACCACGCCGGCGGCCUGGCAGAGCUGGACCUGUCCCAGUGUAAAUGGACAGAAGAUUCCACCGUCCGACCAAUCAUCGCCGCCAGCCCGCGCAUGCGCCGUGUGAGCCUGGCCGGCUGCCAGAGUCUGGGAAACCCCGUCAUACAGACACUGGCAGUCACAUGUAAGGGUCUGACUGAGCUGGUGCUGCGCGACUGCUGCUGGCUCUCUCCGUCCGCUCUCCAGGUACUGAAUCUCCACCUCCGGCACCUGGUGCGGCUGGACCUGGCCGGCUGCUGGGGAGUCAACGACGCCACGCUGGCCGAGCUGUUCUCGGAACAACCCAGUCUGGAGGAGGUGGACAUAUCCCGAAUAUACGCCACUACGGACCGGACCGUGGCCAUACUCUCCUGUCAGUGUCCGCGUGUCCGGCGGCUGGGGCUGCGCGGCUGCUGGAGGAUCACCGACCACGCCAUCACAUACGUGGCUGAAUACCUGCGCCAGCUGACCCACCUGGAGGUCAUUGACUGCCGUGACGUCACGGAGCGCACACUGCGUGCUCUGCGCGCGCGCUGUGCAGUAGACCGGCCUGAGCCGCGGGCACACCCCUGGGAGAUGGAUUACCCCCUGUACCAGAUAUGAGAAGGCCGCCUCAUAUCCAUACCCUCAUAGAUGGAGUAUUCCCUGUACCAGAUAUGAGAAGGCCGCCUCAUAUCCAUACCCUCAUAGAUGGAGUAUUCCCUGUACCAGAUAUGAGAAGGCCGCCUCAUAUCCAUACCCUCAUAGAUGGAGUAUUCCCUGUACCAGAUAUGAGAAGGCCGCCUCAUAUCCAUACCCUCAUAGAUGGAGUAUUCCCUGUACCAGAUAUGAGAAGGCCGCCUCAUAUCCAUACCCUCAUAGAUGGAUUACCCCCUGUACCAGAUAUGAGUAGGCCGCCUCAUAUCCAUACCCUCAUAGAUGGAUUACCCCCUGUACCAGAUAUGAGUAGGCCGCCUCAUAUCCAUACCCUCAUAGAUGGAUUAUUCCCUGCACCAGAUAAGAGGACUCGUUAUAAGAGCUACUACAGCUGACUGGAGCGGGAUCACCCGCUCUACCGGGUUGGAGAGGUGCUGUAUUAUGGCGUCAUAGAGUGAUCACUGUUAGGGAUGCAACGUCAUAAGGUGGCUCCGUAUAGUUGGACUUGUGACGUCGUAAAUUGAAUCUACAUAGUUGGAGUUGUGACGUCAUAGAUUGAAUUCUGGUAGUGAGACCAGUGGCGUCCCAUUAUCCAGCGUUGGUGGUUCGUACUAGUGACGUCAUGAACUUGCCGGUGAUAGACUAUUUGACGUCAUAUACGACGCCGCAAAGUGGCGAAAUGUUGACGUCACAAUGUGGCUUCCUGUGAUGAUCGCUGGCAGACUAUUUUAUCACAUUUUUGACGCUGAAGUUGUGAUAGAGAACUACGGUUUGAUACCCCGUGACGUCACACGGGUGUGAAUCUGUGUCCUGUGACGUCAUAGGUGCGUCUUUAGCCGGCGGGUGGCCUGUUGUGUGUGGGUGUUGAUUCUACGGUGAACUGAUCUUAUCGUGCAAUUGUUGGAGGACAAACGUAUUCAGGGGCUGAAUAUACGAGUAGGUACUUAUGCACAUAAUCCUUGUAGGUUACUAUUUAACAAAUGAAUAGGUAUUUAAUGCCAAUGUGCAUAUAUUGUUUUAUGUUUCGCUUAUUCGUACAUUAAAUUUCCAUCACUAUGCCUAUCGCUGAAUGAUGUGCGUGAUAUAUUUUGGAUUUUCAAGUGUAAAUGAAUUAUGUGCAAUCAACGUUCAGUCAUUGAAUGCACACUUAUAUUGUACAUUUUUGCAUUACAAUGUAUUCAAUAUUAAUUGAAUAUGCAUGCAUGCUUUGAUUUGUGUUAGUGUUGAAUCAUGUCGAAUUAAUGUCUCGGUCAAAAUAUCA